GAAUCCGGCAACUACUAGGUUUGCCAGUGAACAAAUACAAGGAUCUGCAGAAAACAUUUAUUUUAACAAAAAAUGGAACAAAAACCCGUUGAUAUCGAUGUCAUCCCAAAAUAAAACCAAUAUAUAUAGGAAAUGCUACUUGCACCAUCGAUCCAUAGCACCAAUCUCUCCUCUUCCCUUCGUUUGUUCCUGUCUCUCUCAUGGCUUUGAUAUGGCUCUUUGUGUUGAUCGUUUCCUUCUUUAAUAGGUCUUCUGCAGAUGUGGUAACGGCCCUGCCGGGACAGCCCGAAAAUGUUUCUUUUAAGCAGUAUUCUGGUUACAUUACCACGGAUGCUCAGCAUGGCCGAGCUCUAUUCUAUUACUUUGUCGAAGCUGAAUCAGCUAACCCAUUUUCACACCCCUUGACCUUGUGGCUCAAUGGAGGUCCCGGUUGUUCUUCGCUUGGUUUUGGCGCGUUUAUGGAACACGGUCCCUUCCAACCAGGGGACAAUGGACUUCUUGUUAAGAACGAAUAUUCAUGGAACUUGGAAUCAAACAUGUUGUAUGUUGAGUCACCUAUUGGGGUUGGAUUUUCCUACUCUAACACCAGCUCCGAUUACGUGAUCUGGAACGAUACUCAGACCGCCGAAGAUAAUUUGAGGUUUAUAAUAAACUGGCUGGAAGAAUUCCCAAACUACAAAGACUCUGAGUUCUUCUUAACCGGUGAAAGCUAUGCAGGGCACUACAUCCCCCAGCUCGCAGCUUUGUUGAUGGAGUACAACAGGAAUCCCAAUAUCAAACCCAUCAAGCUAAAAUCCAUUGCUCUUGGAAAUCCACUCUUGGACAUAGACAUCAGCGUGCAGGCGGGAGACUACUUGUGGGCACAUGGAGCAAUAUCUGAUGAAACACUGAUGCUGGAGAAGACGGUCUGCAAUGACUCAAAGUAUCUUCGGGAAUACGUCCACGAUCAAUGGUCUCAAGGAUGCAACGAUGUGUUUAAUAGAGUUUCAGACGAAAUCAGCGAGGACGUUGCUACUGAUGACCUACUCUUGCCCAAGUGUUUGUCAUCAACCUCGGCCGAGCAAUUUAGGAUCACGGGGAAGCAUGCAGGGAAAACUCAUGCAGCGGUUGCUAGGAGGACGGGAACUAGAGGUGAUCCAUGCCUUCAAGGAAGAAUAUUCACCUAUCUUAACAAACCUCAUGUUCAGAAGGCACUUCACGCCAACACAACUCAUCUGCCCUUCCAUUGGGACUUCUGUGAAGGGCCUCUUAUAUACCAAGAAAAUAACACGGACAUGAACCUUGUACCCCUCGUCUCAGACAUUCUAAAGGCGGGCAUUCCCAUCUUGCUUUACAGUGGCGACCAAGAUUCGAAAAUUCCUCUCACUCAAACAAGAAUAAUUGCCAACAAUCUGGCCAAGGAUUUGAAGCUAGUCCCUUUCACAAAGUACGGUCCUUGGUAUGACAAGAAGCAGGCACGUAUGCAAGCAUAGGAUUCUCAU